AUGGCGUGCCAUGGCGGCGGCCUCAUCAAUUUCACUAUCCUCUGCUCGGGAGGGUGGGUUCGCCCAAUAACAGUAGUCAGACUCCCGCCGUUAGUGACCAUCACGAUCGGCUGUCCUAAUGGCUCCAGCGAGACCCCUAUGCCUGCAAGUCCGAACGAGCCUGCUCCUCCCUCGGGAGCAGGGCUUUACUUGGACUACUACAACAGCAGCUACUCCAAUUACGCGUGCCCUAACGCGGAGAGCAUCGUCAGGGAGGUCGUGGAGAAGGCGAUCGCGUACCAGGGCCGUGGCAUCGGCGCCGGUCUCAUUCGUCUCCACUUCCAUGACUGCUUUGUUGAGGGAUGCGAUGGUUCCGUUCUCCUGAACACGACGGCAUCAGGGAACAACGACACGGAGAGGGAAGGCGCGCCCAACAAGAACAGCCUGCGCGGGUUCGACGUCAUCGACCAGGCCAAGGCCGCGCUGGAGAGCGCCUGCCCCAGCGCGGUCUCCUGCGCCGACAUCCUCGCGUUCGCCGCGCGCGACGCCGCCGCGCGCAACCUCAGCAGCGGCAAGAUCAACUACACGAUACCGGCCGGUCGCUGGGACGGGCGCGAGUCCUUCGCCAACCAGACCGGCACGCUGCCCGGGCCCUUCUCCAACCUCGACACUCUCGUGGCCAAAUUCGCCGCCCAGAGGCUCAACCGGACCGACCUGGUCCUUCUCUCCGCCGCUCACUCCAUCGGCCGCGCCCGCUGCAUCUUCAUCUCCAGCCGCCCGGGCAUGAACCAGACCCUCGUGAAGGACCUCAACGGGGAGUGCCAGAGUAACCCCAGUGUGAACCAAGACUACAAGACCCCUGACGACCUGGACAGCCAGUACUACCAGAACGUGGUCGACAACGACGCGCUCUUCGACUCGGACGCUGCGCUUACCAACUCCACAGACACCAACGCACUGGUGGAUACCUACAGGACUAACUUGAUGAACAAGUGGGAGAAGGACUUUGGGGAAGCCAUGGUGAAGAUGGGCAAAAUCAAUACCAAGACCAAAGGCGACAAGGGCGUCGAGAUAAGGAACCAAUGCUGGACUUACAACGCGCCUCCCAACUACUGA